GUUGCCACCCAUGGCCUUUUGUUGGAAUUAUUUCGUUUUGGGUUGUAAAAGGCCGCAACAGAAUCAUUUGCAUAUCUUCACUGACCCCCGCAUUUCCUGCACAUCACAAGAUGAAGUUUGGGAACAGAGAGAACAAGCUCAGAGACCUUUAUGCUGACGUGUUCUAAACAGGAAAUGCAGCACUGACGAGGAUUAAUAAAGCAACCAACGCUGUUUCUAAUAAAGGUAUCAAUCGGUUUUCACAGGCAGACCUAACCAUGCCGCCUGGGCCUGUUCAGAUAGUUCAGCCGGAGCCCAACAACAAGCCAAACGAUGCACCUGCAGAAGAAACCCCGGCCACUAAGCCCAUUGUUGGCAUCAUAUACCCUCCUCCUGAGGUCCGGAAUAUAGUGGACAAGACAGCCAGCUUUGUUGCCAGGAAUGGGCCUGAGUUCGAAGCAAGAAUCCGUCAGAAUGAGAUCAACAAUCCAAAGUUUAAUUUCCUCAACCCCAACGAUCCAUACCAUGCCUAUUACCGUCAUAAGGUUACUGAAUUUAAAGAGGGCAAAGCACAAGAACCAUCUGCAGCUGUGCCUAAGGUUAUGCAGCAGCAGGCUUUGCAGCAGUCCCAGCAGCUCCCACAGAAAGUGCAGUCACAGGUGAUUCAGGAGACUGUGAUCCCCAAAGAACCACCUCCUGAGUUCGAGUUCAUUGCAGAUCCUCCAUCAAUCUCUGCAUUUGAUCUGGAUGUUGUCAAGCUCACUGCCCAGUUUGUUGCUCGCAAUGGCCGACAGUUUCUCACCCAGCUCAUGCAGAAAGAGCAGAGGAACUACCAGUUUGACUUUCUACGGCCACAGCACAGCCUUUUUAACUACUUUACCAAACUGGUUGAGCAGUACACAAAGAUAUUGAUCCCUCCCAAAGGCUUACUGACUAAGCUUAAGAAGGAGGCUGAGAACCCAAAAGAAGUGAUGGACCAGGUGAGAUACCGUGUUGAGUGGGCAAAGUACCAGGAGCGUGAGAGGAAAAAGGAAGAGGAGGAACGGGAGAAAGAACGAGUAGCAUAUGCCCAGAUUGACUGGCAUGACUUUGUAGUGGUAGAGACUGUGGAUUUCCAGCCUAAUGAACAAGGUCACUUCCCCCCACCUACUAAUCCUGAAGAGCUUGGUGCUCGCAUCUUGAUCCAAGAGCGUUACGAGAAGUAUGGAGAAAGUGAGGAGGUGGAGAUGGAGGUUGAGAGCGAGGACGAAGAUGAUGAACGUCAGGGUCGGGCUGACGGUCAACCCUCACAACCUGAUCAAGACACUCAAGUGCAGGACAUGGAUGAGGGUUCUGAUGAUGAAGAUGAAGGUAGGAAAGCUCCGCUCCCACCUGAAAAACCUAUGCCUCCUCCCUUACCUCCAACUCCAGACCAAGUUAUUAUUCGCAAGGAUUAUGACCCCAAAGCUUCCAAGCCUCCACCCUCAAUUGCAGUUCCUGAUGAAUACCUGAUUUCACCAAUUACUGGUGAGAAGAUUCCAGCCAGCAAGAUGCAGGAGCACAUGCAUAUUGGUCUGCUUGACCCGCGCUGGCUGGAACAAAGAGAUCGGAGCAUCAGAGAGAGGCAGACAGAAGAUGAGGUCUAUGCUCCAGGUCUUGACAUUGAAAGCAGCUUGAAACAGCUCGCUGAGAGGCGUACUGAUAUCUUUGGUGUGGAAGAGACGGCCAUCGGUAAGAAGAUAGGUGAAGAGGAAAUUCAGAAGCCAGAGGAGAAGGUUACUUGGGACGGCCACUCCGGAAGCAUGGCUCGUACACAGCAGGCUGCACAGGCUAACAUCACUUUGCAGGAGCAAAUUGAAGCUAUUCACAAAGCCAAAGGGCUGGUGGGAGAAGAUGACACUAAGGAGAAAAUUGGUCCUAGCAAGCCAAGUGAAAUUCACCAACCACCUCCUAUACCUUCCUCUGUUGCAAGUUUGCCUAAACCAGCUCCUCCUGUUGCUGCUGUGCCACGCCCGCCAGUUUCUAUGGCGCCUCCAGUGCGAACCACUCUCUUGUCUGCUGUGCCUGUACUCCCGCGGCCCCCCAUGGCUCCUGUGGUGCGUCUCACUCCUGGACAAGUUAUAACUCAGAUGCCCCCCAUGAUUCCUGCUCCUCGCGUCAACGUGGUGCCAAUGCCUCCGACUGCACCCCACAUCAUGGCCCCUAGACCACCUCCCAUGGUUGUUCCCACAGCCUUUGUUCCUGCUCCUCCAUUACCACAACCACCAAGCUCUGCUCCAGCACCACCUGCCCACCCGCCUCCACCUCAUGAUGAUGAACCAGCAAACAAGAAGAUGAAGUCUGAGGACAACCUUAUUCCAGAGGAAGAAUUUCUUCGUAGAAACAAGGGCCCUGUGGCCGUCAAAGUACAAGUCCCCAACAUGCAGGAUAAGACCGAAUGGAAGCUAAACGGCCAAGUGCUGAAUUUCACUGUCCCACUUUCAGACCAGGUCUCUGUUAUCAAAGUCAAAAUCCACGAAGCUACAGGCAUGCCAGCAGGAAAACAGAAGUUACAGUUUGAGGGGAUUUUCAUCAAGGAUUCCAACUCUCUGGCCUACUACAACAUGACCAAUGGUUCGAUCAUUCAUUUGGCUCUGAAGGAGAGAGGUGGAAGAAAGAAGUGAGCAAAACCAACUCGACAAAAGAAACGCUGAUGUUUUGUCACUUGCUCUUUUCUUGUCCUGUUAGUUUAAUAAUCAUCUCCGGAAUUACUUCGCCUUUUUCCAACAUUUAUUCGAGCUUGUCUUGUUGGUCAGUCAGUUUUGUUCAAGAAAUAUACAAAGGUUGCAUUUGUUGGUAACUUGUUGGAAAAUGUGUCCUUUAUUCAUUCAUUUUAAAUAAAGAAAUUAACAAAUAUAAA